GAUCGUCUGUCCCACAACAUUUACAGCACUCAUUUUAGGUAUUCGUUGAACAUCGACCCUCCAUCGAGAUAAUUGGCGAUCUUGUAUUUCUAAACUUGUUGGGGCUGUAAUCCAAGCUCUCUGAACCCAUUUCCAAGCGUAGUUCCUCCCAACUUAGUUCGAGUGUGCCCGACUCUUUCUCACCAUGUCGUUGGCUGACGAAUUGCUAGCCGAUUUCGAGGAGCUGGGUGACGAUGGGGAGGAUGACGCCCAGAAGCAGGACGCCGAGGAGGAAGAGGAGCAGCUGGAGGAGAUGAUGAUGAUGGGCGGAAAGCUGAACAUCAAACAGAUUGCAAAACUGCAUGGCUCCGAGCAGCUGACAAGAGUAUUACAGGAAAUAAGCAAAUAUGCUGGGCAGGAGCGGACAGAUCCUGUUGUUGGCCCAGUGGAGCAAGAUCCUGAGUACAUGAUUAUCGUCGAGGCAAACAAUAUAGCUGCGGAAAUUGACAAUGAAAUUGCUGUGGUUCACAAGUACGUAAUUGAUGAGUACAGCAAGAGGUUUCCAGAGCUGCAGUCACUCGUCGUGGCACCACUGGAGUAUGUUAUGACCGUCAAGAGGCUGCUCAAUGACCUAGAAGUGACCAAGUCUGAGCUGGCUGAAGUGCUGCCACCAGCCACUAUCAUGGUGGUAUCCGUGACUGCCUCCACAACUCAAGGAAAGCGACUUCCAGCCGACGACAUACGCCGAGUGGAAGAGGCUUGUGACAUGGUGCUGGAACUGAAUGAAGCCAAGCUAACGAUCUACCAGUACGUCGAAGGCAGGAUGUCCUUCAUCGCGCCGAACAUCACCAUGAUUGUCGGAGCACCUGCCGCUGCCAAGCUUAUGGGUAUCGCUGGAGGUUUGACGGCACUCGCCAAGAUUCCCGCCUGCAACAUCAUGGUUCUGGGAGCAGCACGUCGCCUCCUGUCGGGUUUCUCCUCUGCACAAGUACAGCCGCACACUGGCUUGCUGUUCUACUGUGAUAUCGUACAAGGCGUGCCACCGGACUACCGUCGCAAGGCUGUACAUCUGGUCUCGUCCAAGUGUGCACUGGCAGCCAGAGUGGACAGCUUCCACGAGUGCAUGGAUGGCUCCAAAGGCCAGCAGUUCCGAGAGGAGAUCGAGGAGAAGCUCGCCAAGCUGCAGGAGCCAGCGCCACCCAAGCAGCAGAAGGCACUGCCCCGUCCCGACGACGGCGUGCGAAAGAAGAGAGGUGGCAGAAGGGUGCGGAGCAUGAAGGCCAAGCUGGCUGUAUCCGACAUGCGUAAGCAAGCCAACCGGAUGACAUUCGCCGAGAUCAAUGAAGAUGCGUACCAGGAGGACCUGGGUGUCCAUACAGGAAACCUGGGCAAGGGUGGUACUGGCAAGCUGCGUGCGCCCGUCAACGACAAGAAAACCAAGGUCACCAUGUCCAAGCGGUUACAGCGUGAAGUUCAGCGGCAGCAGACUUCCGGUGGCCGUACGUCAAUUCGCGGUGCUGUGUCCGGUACAGCGUCCAGUGUUGCUUUCACUCCUCUCCAGGGUCUGGAAAUUGUCAAUCCUCAGGCGGCGGAAACGACGGCACCAUCAUCGUCCAACAAGUACUUUGGUGCCGGUGGUGGAUUUUCCCGCGUCAAGCCGGGCGCAAGCUAAGGAUUGAACAGCGCCGCCGAUGGCUUGUAACCCUCCAGUGCUGAGCUGGUCCGGGCUGUAAUGCUGGCAUAGGCGUGCGAGAGUGCUACCAGCGAUACGCUGCUUGCUGGACCACGACUGUCUAGUGUGCAAAGCCCUGUCCACUCGCUGUAAUGGCAUUGCAGCUGGUACUCUUGUGUUCAGCUGAAUGCCUUAUGCCCUCUACUGCCUCCUCCGUGUACGAGUGUACAUUUGGUACCAUGGCGGUAUAUGUGUCAGCCGUUUGUAUGGAGCAUAUGCGGUAACCAACGCUCGCUCGAGGCCACAUCUAGACGCUGCUCGUACUGUGCUCACAUCACCCGACUUGAAUGCUUAUAUUCGGCUCACUUGGAGACCAGCAUUCUGUUUGUGUGGGUGGCGUGUCUUAUAGGGUCGGGCUCGGAAGAAGUUUCCAUUUGGCCGCUGGCGGCGAAGCUGGAGACUGCCUUGGUAUGCAUCCCAUGCCUGUGCUUGUGUUCGGUAUCGUGUGGCUAAUCGUCAUCCUUGACAAAUGUGUGUUCUUUCCACGGAACCACCCGAAAGCACACAUGCGUAUCUAUCACGCAAGUCACGCGAGUAAUCUGUGAAAAACUUCCACUAUGCAUACCCUGCUCAUGAAAUUUGUUAUUAAAAAAAUCUUGCUCGUGUCUCCGUUUUAUGACGGCGCUCAAGUCUUGCUUCUCAAUCGGUCAUUUUUUUAUGCUCACUUGUUUAGUUUUGCUGUUGAAUGCGUUUAGUUAUUUUAAAAAAAUGUUUUCACGGA